UUUUCUUCAUAUUUUUGGGUGUGUGAUAAGCACAACAAUUACUUAUGUUUUACAUAAGUAAUUACAUUUAUCUGUAUAAAAAUGUGAAGCAAAAGCAGAUAAAUAUUCUCGAGUUAGCGGAAACAUGAAAUACGACAUGGAGCAAUGAAAAUAGGGUCAAAAGUCAAAAGGGAUCGAAAACCGGCACUUCGGGAUCAAUUUCGGGCAUCAAACGAAGAAAAGAAGCGAAGUACAAGUUUAGGCGCAGGGACCGGCGCCGGCCGAUACCCUAUAACCGGCGCCGGUCGUGCUAUAACCGGCGCCGGUUGUUCCGAUUUUCUGCUAAAACAGUCCGACGUGCAGAAGAUUUCUGAUGGGAAAACCCCAUCUUCCUCCAUAUCUGAUCAAAUAUUGCUUCCAUACCCAAUUGUUAGGCUUGAAUAGACUAAAAGAUGUCAUUCUUUAGCCUAUAUAAAGCCCUUAAUUCAUCAAGCAAUGACAUUCCAUUCCAUAGAUUAAUUCUUAGCUUUUAUAUUUUUGUUCUUGGUAUUUUCUUCAAGUUCUUGAGGAGGAAACUUCAACCUCCGAAAUCAUUGGUGUUUAGAAUUUAUAGGUACUUACAGGGCACCUCAUCUCACGGACUUUGGCUUCGGGAUGGACAGAGUAUUUCACUGAUUGUUUCUUAUUCGGAUGCUGACUGGGCCGGAUGCACGGACUCCUGCAGAUCCACCACGGGCUACAAUAUCUUCCUCGGCGGAAAUCUUAUUCCUUGGCACUCCAAAAAGCAACCUACAGUCUCCAAGUCUUCCACUGAGGCAGAAUACAGAGCUGUAGCUUACAAAGUCCUGGACACGUUAUUUAUUCGUUCCUUGCUUCUCUACAUGGGCAUUCGGAUAUCCGCCCCAGUUCAGCUGUUUUGUGACAACGUCUCAACCUCAAAUCUUGCUGUUAAUCCCAUCAGCACGAUCGCAGCAAGCAUAUAAAGAUUGACUAUCAUUUUGUUCGCGAAGGAGUAACACAUGGAGAUCUUGUUGUUAAGUACACUCCCACUCAGUAUCAGUUAGCUGACAUUUUUACUAAGAAUUUAUCUAGUCGGCGUUUUGAGUUUUUACGUUCCAAUUUGCACGUGAUUUCCCAUGCGUAGAUUGAGGGGGUGUAAUAGUGUAAUUAUAAGAACUCUUAUGUAAUUACUCUUAAUAUUCAUUAUUAUAAAUACCAUACUAGGACUACCUAUUGGGUAAGCCAUCACAAU